GACAUUUGCUGUGCUCCUGCAAGUAAGGCCAGCGAGGGAGUUCCGCAAUAUGGCCGGCACGGCUCCGUCUCCUUCAGGAGCGGCAGCUGCAGCAGAGUCUGUCAGCGACCUCAACUACCUGCUGCGACCUCUGCACUGGACGGCCGUCCUGCGACACCCAAGCGGCGCUGGCAGGUCGCCUCUCUGCUUCCGACUCUACACCUUCGCCAUGGCAUCCUUCACCCUGUCCUUCUUCUGCUCUGAAGUCAUAGUACUGUACCGCGAGGGCACGGCAGAUCUGGACGUUUUCACCCUGACGCUUAGUGUUGCAGACACAGACAUCAUCUGGCUCUUCCGCAUGGCGCACGCCAUUGUAUGCGAGCGUGCUUUCCAUAAGCUUGCUCUUCAGGUGGGCCGUGACUUCGCUGAGUUCGUGACUUGGGACGACAUUCCAGUGCUGCGCGUGCAGUGUCGCAAGGUGCGCCGUUUCACGCUGACCUACAUCUCCUUUGGAAUUGGCGCCUGCUCCUGUUAUCUGGUCUCCCCUGUGAGCGCUGAAGGCCUGCCCUUCAUAUUGGCUCUGCCCUUCGACGCGACGCAGCCCUUAGGCUUCGGCGUCACGUGGGUGUACUGCAUGAUUACGACCCUGCACGUCGUGGUGAUGACCAUGAUUCUCGACUCCUUCAACGUCAGCCUCAUCGCGCAGCUACGUAUGCAGAUCACACUACUCAGCAGCAAAAUUGUUAGUCUCGCCAAAGAAGUAUCUGAGAGACCUGAGAACUAUUCAGAAACGUACGCUCAGUAUGAACUUCGUUACCGGCUGCUGAAAUGCAUCCGUCAUCAUCAAACAAUUAUCAAGAACGCCGACUUGUUGGAGAGGAGCCUCGGAGCGAUGCUGUUGGCGCAGAGCUUGUCCAUCGGUGCCUCUGCGUGCUUCCAGAUGUUCCAAAUUGCCACGAGCGAGAAUCUGGCCCUGGCAGCAUACGACGCUGUGACGUCACUGCAGGAGUGCCCCCUCUCGCUCAAACGGUCGCUGCUGCUUCUGAUGCAUCGCGCACAGCGACCGUUGCGCGUCACUGCUGGUGGAUUCUUCCCACUCUCCAGGGAGUCCUUUGUCUCGGUCGUCAAUGUGUCUUACUCAUUUUUCGCAAUUCUACGAAAUUUCAAGAAUGAAGAGGAGUAGCGCACUUCUGAUUGGAGCACUGCUUUCACGCUUUCUUAGAUUACAGAAGUAGAUUACAUUAGUAGUUUUAAGGAACGCUAUAUUUUCCUUUCAGAAAUCGUCACUUGCGUAAUUUAAUACCGUAAGUUAGUAUAGCGGCAGAGAGUAAUUCUUGAAACGUACAUGCGAACAGCGUGCCCAAUACGAAAAACAGUCUGGACUAUCUGGACUAUA